UAGUCCAUGCAGAGCAUUUCCUCCCCUCGAUCGCUUGCUCCUUCUCUCCCCCAAACACGUGUACAGCCCUCUCCCCCUCCCAGCGAAACCCCUCUUCCUCCAUUCCAAAUACUCACUUCCUGCUUCUUCUCCGGCAGCCGUCAACACGGAACGUCACUGCUUUACGGCAAAGCAGGAAAAGGAGCAACAAGAUUUACCAAGCCACUAAUAUGAGUAAAAAGAGAAAGGCAGAUAUUUCAGAAGAAGACAAGGAGAUCAGCGAUUCCACAGCAAAAAAGAGCCAUAGGAAGAAGGCCCAAUUGGCAGAAGAGAGCGAUCUCACUACCGGCUCUUCUUCAAAUACAACCAUAGCAGGAACAAACCAAGAAUGUAUAGCAAAUAGUCCAGAGAAUUCUGAUAGAAGCUUCACAGAAGAAGAUAAGGUGACUUCUGUUCAGAAGAAAGAGUUAGACCAUACUAAAGUUUUUGUGUCUCCUUCUCAGGGAAAGAAGUGGGUCCCAGUGUUUAGAAAGACAAAGAAAAUACUGACGGAAAAACUUGAGAAGAAUUGUGAAGAAACUGCAGCAAUUUCUUUGGAAAAGGUUCAACAUACAGAUAAAAAUGUACUUGACACAGCAAAGAGAGAUGGCCAGAAUACUGUUACUUCUUCAGAAUCACUUCAGCUGGAAGAUUCUUUGGCACCAAAGGUAGAAGCUGAAGAACAAGUGGUCGUUCCUCGUGAGGACCUGAGUGAAACACUGAACAUUAACAUGCAAGAUCAAGAGGAUAUUAUGAAGUUAAAUAGUGAGGAUGCCAACUCAGGUUUAUUUGGUUCUAAUGAAGAAAUACGAAUGGAAUCCAAUUUACAAGUAAGCAUUAGUGAAGAGGAAAUGCCAGUGAAACAUGUUACUUGUACACCAGACAAUGCUGUGAAUGGCCUUGAAAAGAGAGAACUCUCAUUUACAUGUCCAUUGGCUGAGAAUAGUGCCAUUACAUGCACAAAGGAAAAUAUAACUGACUAUAUUGAAGGCAGUCCAAAGGAAGAAAAGCAUUUGAUUGGUUUAAACAUAACUAUGGAGCAAAAUAAGGUCAUCCAGGAUGCCACAGAUGAUGUUAAAGAAGUAGGCUGCUGUGAAAGUGAAAGAGAGAAAGAUUGCCUUGUUGAAAGCGUAGCUCCCCAACCUCCCAAAGAGAACAGCAUAAUUCAGCUCCCACUAGUAACAAAUAUAUCAGUUCAUACACCUGAGGAGCAGAGCAACAGUUUAUGCAGGAGUAGCAAAGGUGAACAGGGGAGUAUUGAUGCUAGGGAAACAGAUCAAUGCCCUGACUUUCAAACUGGGCAAACUGAAGAAGAAAAUAAGAUUCACAGCACUAGUGAAAAUUUUGAACCCAGAGCCAAUAGGUUGACCUCCACAAAUAGUGAACAAGCUAUAGAUCAGAGCAAUUUGUGGAUGUGUGAUAAACCUGUAGAAGAAAGUGAUGGGGAUAAAGCCAGAGAAUAUAGCAGCUCUCUUCAGGUAGAUACUUUUGUUAGAGAGCAAAACAGUAUUGGAGACCAAGAUACCGAUUGGAAAAAUUUACCAGAAAUUCAGCCUGUAAAUAUUUAUUUGGAAAAGGAAGGAGAUAUUUGUGAACCAAAUUGCAAACAGGUCAAGGAACCUGAAGAGGAUGAUAUAUUUGAGAGCAGAAAAAUCUCCAUGCAAGAAGUUAUUUGCAAUGAAGAGAGAGAGAUGAUUAAACAAGAAGCUGGAGUGAAACCAACCCCACCAAAGAGUUUCUCUGCCUUACCUGACCCAAAACUUGGAGUCCUGAUGACUGCAGAAAAAAAGGAAAGUUGCUGUGAGAAUUUGCUGUCUGAUAAAAAACAGUCAGAAAUCAAUGCAUGUGAUUUAAUACCCAAUGAAAUCAUGGAAACAAUGUCAAGUACAGAUAUGGACCAAAAUGCUACCAAGGUUUCUGAGACAGAAGAAAUAACAAUGGAAAACUCUCUCUUUUCCACUGACAUCCAUAACAAUAUUAAAAAAGAAAUAGUAACUUGUGUGGAAAAUGAGAGCAUGGUUAUCACUAUAGAAAGUGGCCUUUCCUCUACAGAAGUCCUUUCAGUACUGGAGGCAGUGGAUGAUUCUGUGAGAGAAACAGAUGCUAAUCUAGAAGCCCAGAGCAACUCCCCUGUGUUGAGGAUAAAUGCAUGUGUAUCUAGUGGCCUUGACAUGGAUCAAGUAUGUGCUUCUUACACAGAUCCCCCUUCUUUAGAUGUGGAAUUUCUGCCUGACAGCGAGUUACAGGGCAUCUUUGAAAGCCAGAGCUUUGAAUUUGAACCUCAUAAGGCAUCUAUUCUAGAUAAUCCACAUAAACAUGUUCAGCAUGAAAGUGAUGUGUGUUCUGCAGGAGAACAAAGUGGAAACAAAAUAUCAGUACCAGAGCCUAAUAAAACUCAUGAAAACAAUGUCAGGGAUCAAGUGACUGAGAUUUGUGAUCAAUCCAGACAAGAGGAUGCAACAGAUGUUGUUUGUGGGCUAAUUAAAGAGCUCUCUAACCUCAAUCGGCUUACCAUGAGUAUGCACAGAGAUUUGGACUCCUUCAAGAGACUGAAGUUUCGGAGAAAUAGACAAUCUAACAAGCUUCUGCCUCACAGUGCAAACAACAUGACAAAUACACUAAAUACAGUGAGAAAGAAGAGAGAAAUGUAGCUUUUCAAUGUUACUGUUUGCUUUAAUGCUCAAAAGAAUGUGGUCACUUAUUGUGCUGUUUUGUUCUGUUGUGUUUAGCAGGGCAGGGGUGGCACACAAAUUUGUAUUUAAUCACAAGGGUUUCAAUGUUCUACCAGCUAAGAAUGUAAAGGAGAUUCAGGCAAGAUGUACAAUUCUGAAUUGUUGUCAUUUUAAAGUAUUCCUCCCUUUUUUCUGCACAUCUCUAGCAGGCUCACCUAACAUUUAAGAGGGGAGUGGGAAAGGCAACCUGGAGUCUAUGUAUAGCUCUUAAAACCUCAUCUUGCAUCUUCAAAACCUACAAAACCUAUUUUUUAAAUUCACUUUUGCUCAUUUUGGUCCCUCCCGCAACCCAAUAGCUCAAAACUAAUGCAAAAACAUGAAUUUUUGCUUUCAUGGCCUCCCUUAAACCAUAAAACACGCCAAAAAAUCCAAAACUAAAACCAAAAAUGUCACAUUUCUGGUUUCCAGUUGUGACAGACUGCUUAUAUAGCUUGAUGUAAGAGGAGCAGUCCCUACUUCUACCUUAAAAUGUCUUAGUUCUGUGUAUAAAUUGUCCAUUACUAUGAAUUCCUCUCACAGGAGCAAAUAGUUGUGCUAUAUGUUGAUGUUUUUAUCCGCAAUUUACCUUUAUUAGGUCAAAUGUAUCUUUAGAGUACAAACAUAAAAACAAAGCUUCUGUUUCAUAGUCAGUUUCACUGUAUGUGAUAUUCAGAUAUGGAGUACUAACUUAAUUGUUUUGAUUAUAAAUGAACUAAAGUUUUGGGAAUCGAAAUGUUAUAUUUGAACAAAACAACAUAGAGCUGAAUGUUAUUAAAUGCCAAAGAUUCCAAUGGA